AUGCACGCCGAGGAUGGAGACUUCAGAGAGCUAGAGACACGCUCUGAGAGAAACGGGCCACCGGGGCUCUAUCGACUUGACUCGAACCAGAGCAGCGCCAGUGUCUUUGAGGAUGUAGAGAUGGCAAAUGACCAGCUGUAUUCGGGCCCGAUGGCGGAGAGCCUCCCGAGCAGCAUUGCGGCCUUCUCGCACCGGCGGUCUCGCGCAGACUCAACGACCAGCUUUGCGUACUACACGGACGACGACGAAGAGCGUGAUCGUAUCCGCCAUCCGGCUGCUGCUGACAACGAGGAUGAUGACGUGUCCGUGUUUGAGGAGGCCGAAGGGCUGCUUGUCGGAUCGUACGUGUCGUACGACCACCGGGGAGUGCGCUACCACCAAGACAGAGAGGACGACGAGGCUUAUCGGGACGAGGACGACGAGAGACACGGCAGAGAUGACGAAUCGGAAGGAGAAGAGGAUGAGACAGAGGAAAUGGACCGGGCCAGUGCAGAAAACGUUGGGCUGCUUCACCGGCGAUCGUCGACGCACUCACGGGCCUCUGUGCAUAGCAAUCUGCUGCGGCGGCGAAACAGCAUGACGACGGAGGGUGGCAGCGAGUAUGGCGGCGGACGGGUCAGCCAGAAGACGUACAUCGUGACAGAGGACCUGUACCUGGUGAUCGCCGGGUUCCAGACCAGCCGGAGGGGGCAGACAGCAUACAUGGCCCUGUGUGUGGCCAGUCUCGGACUGGCCUGGCUCCUGUUCCGAUGGCUGCCGAGAUGGCAUGUCUGGAUGGUUGGGCGGGCGUGUGAACUACGAGAAUGCACAUGGGUGGUGGUGGAGAACCAGUGGAACGAAAUGGCGAUCCUGAAUGUGCGCAGCACGCCGUACGGGCGGCCGCAGUCGACGGUGUUUGGUGCGGCGACAUACGCAGCCCAGGCGAGAAAGCUGGCGUCGUUUCGGGCAGGCAACGACUAUGACGACGAAGCAGAUCCGGAUCCGGACCCGCUACUGCAGCAGCUGCGUGUGCUUGACUACCGAUACGUGCGGUUCUUCUACCACCCGCAGCGCGACAAAUUUGUGGUGUCGAGCGGGUGGAAAGACCCCAGCUGGCAGGACGUGCGGAAGAUUCAGACGGGCAUUGACGGCGACGAGAAGAAUCUGCGCGAGGUGGUGUUCGGGUCGAAUCUGAUUGACAUUGCGCAGAAGUCGACGAUGCAGCUGCUGGUGGACGAGGUGUUCCACCCGUUCUAUGUGUUCCAAAUUGCGAGCCUGGUGUUGUGGUCGCUGGACGAGUACUACUACUAUGCGGUGGCCAUCUUCCUGAUGUCGUUUGGCAGCAUCACGACGACACUGGUGGAGACCAAGGCGACGAUGCGGCGGCUGCGCGACGUGUCGCGGUUCGAGUGCGACGUGCGUGUGCUGCGCAAUGGUUUCUGGCGGACGAUCGUGUCGGGCGACCUCGUUCCGGGCGAUGUCUACGAGCUUAGUGAUCCGGGGCUCUCGCAGCUGCCCAGCGACAGCCUGCUGCUCAGCGGCGACUGCAUCGUCAACGAGAGCAUGUUGACGGGCGAGUCGGUGCCGGUGUCCAAGACGCCCAUGACGGCCACAGUGCUGCAGACGCUCGACCUGGCCGCACCGACCGUCCAGCCUGAGACGGCCCGGCACUUUCUUUUCUGCGGAACCAAGAUCAUUCGAGCACGGCGUCCACAGCGGGAUGCGGGAGCACGUGAUGGAACACGUGACCUGACGAAUGGUAUCGGAAACGGGAACGGAACCGAGGACGAGGACGCGGCGGUCGCACUGGCUCUGGUGGUGCGUACCGGCUUCAAUACGACCAAGGGAGCGCUGGUGCGAUCGAUGCUGUUCCCGAAGCCGUCGGGCUUCAAGUUCUACCGCGACUCGUUCCGCUACAUUGCGGUGAUGGGAGGCAUCGCGCUGCUAGGCUUCGUGGCGUCGUUUGCCAACUUUGUGCGACUGGGAUUGGCGUGGCACUUGAUUUUGGUGCGGGCGCUGGACCUGAUUACGAUUGUGGUGCCGCCGGCACUGCCAGCAACGCUGACGAUCGGUACGAACUUCGCGCUCAGCCGGCUGCGGGCACGACAGAUCUUCUGCAUCAGUCCGCAACGCGUCAACGUAGGCGGCAAGCUAGACCUGAUGUGCUUUGACAAGACAGGCACGCUGACAGAGGACGGUCUGGACGUGCUGGGUGUGCGAGUGGUGGACCGCAAGGCCAACCGGUUCGGCAGCCUGAUCACGGACGCAGCAGCACUGGUGCCGGCUCACCAGCCGAUGGGAGGACCAGGCGAUGUGGGCGGUACCGGUGAUGACGAAAGCCGACGGGCAGCGCUGUUCACGAUGGCGACAUGCCACUCGCUGCGAAGCGUGGACGACGAGCUAAUGGGUGAUCCGCUGGACCUCAAGAUGUUUGCCUUUACCGGCUGGGCCUUUGAGGAGGGUACUGGCGGCGGAGGCGGGGGAGGAGGGGUCGAGUUGCGAGAGCAGGGCGGAAACAACGACGAGGACCAACAGCAGGGCGGACUGGCACCAUCAGUGGCACGGCCGCCGGCCGAGUGGGUGUACGACCUGGACACACGGCCUCCGGCAAGACAAAACUCCGCCUCACGGACCAAGACGCCGUUUGAGCUGGGCGUGGUGCGUUCGUUUGAGUUUGCAUCGCAGCUACGGCGAGCCAGCGUGAUCGUGCGGGCGUUUGGGCAGAAGAGCGGCGACGUGUACGUCAAGGGGGCACCGGAGUGCAUGCGCGAGAUCUGCCGGGCCGAGAGCCUGCCGGCAGACUACGACGAGCUGCUGGCGUCGUACACGCACAAGGGCUACCGGGUGAUCGGCUGUGCGGCCAAGAAUCUGCCACGGCUCAGUUGGGUGCGGGCGCAGAAGAUGGCGCGUCACGAGGCCGAGGCCGGGCUGGACUUUGUGGGCUUCAUCGUGUUUGAGAACAAGCUGAAACCGACGACGACAGCGGUGCUAGACGAGCUGCGGGAGGCCGAUAUCGGCACCGUCAUGGUGACGGGUGACAACAUCCUGACAGCCAUCAGCGUGGCGCGUGAGUGUCGGCUGGUCAGCCGGACGGCCCAUUGCUUUGUGCCGCGUUUUGUUCAGGGACAUGCACAGGACCCCAACGCGGAGCUGCAGUGGGAGAGCAUCGAUGACAGCAUCUACCGGUUGGACCCGCGGACGUUGUUGCCACUGCCUGCUCCUCCCGCAGGUGAUGCUUCUCUGCCGUAUGCCAUCUCGGACCUGCGCAACUAUUCCGUUGCCGUCAGCGGCGACGUCUUUCGCUGGAUUGUCGACUUUGCGCCCGAGGAGGUGCUCAAGAGGAUGCUCGUUGUCGGCAAGAUCUACGCCCGCAUGUCGCCCGACGAGAAGCACGAGCUGGUCGAGAAGCUGCAGAGCAUCGACUACUGCUGCGGCUUCUGCGGCGACGGCGCCAACGACUGCGGCGCCCUCAAGGCGGCUGAUGUCGGCAUCUCGUUGUCCGAGGCCGAGGCCUCUGUCGCUGCGCCCUUUACGUCGCGCGUCUUCGACAUCUGCUGCGUGCCCGAGGUUAUCCGUGAGGGUCGCGCUGCCUUGGUUACCAGCUUCAGCUGCUUUAAAUACAUGAGCAUCUACUCGGCCAUCCAGUUCACCUCUGUCAGCUUUCUCUACGCCUCGGCCUCCAACCUGGGUGACUUUCAGUUCCUGUUCAUCGACCUGGCCCUCAUCCUGCCGAUUGCCGUGUUCAUGAGCUGGGCCGGUCCGUUCCCUGAGCUGGGCAAGAAACGCCCGACGGCCGACUUGGUGUCACGCAAGGUCCUGACACCACUGCUCGGCCUCAUGGCCAUCUCGGUCGUCAUCCAGACCAUCGCCUUUGUGACCGUGCGCCAGCAGCCGUGGUUCGUGCCGCCCGUCGUCGAUCCGGACAAGUCCAACAUCAAAAACUCGGAGAAUACGGCCCUGUUCCUGGUCUCGUGCUUCGAGUACAUCUUCUCGGGCGUCGUGCUCAACGCCGGCCCACCCUUCCGCCAGAGCUUGUGGCGCAACUGGCCGUUUGUCGCCACCAUUGCUGUCACCCUGGCUGCCACCGGCUACAUGGUGGUCAACCCGGUGCACUGGGUCAAAAAGGCGAUGCAGCUGACCAAGAUUAGCUGGAGCUUCAAGCUGGUCGUGUUGGGCCUUGGCCUGGCCUAUCUCUUCGCUGCCAAGAUAGCUGAUGUCUGGGUGCUGCCAGCUGCGGCACGGCUGGUUGGGCGCGCCAAGCUGGCGCUGACCGGCCACCCAAAGAAACGGAAGGAGUACAAGCUGAUCCUGGAGCGUAUGCGGACAUAG